AAUGCAGUGACAUCCCGGAUGGCGACCGACUUGAUGCCGGCUGGGUCUGAACCCCCGCAGCCACGAGGUGCCCUCGCCACUUCCCAUUCUCCUUCGAUUGAGCAGCAUCAACAUGCGCACCCUUGUCAUUGCUCCACUCUAUGCCAUUGGCUUCAUCUUGGCCAUCGCGUUGCAAGGUGUCGUUGGCACCGGCACUGUACUCGAGCCCAACAUGGACUACUGGGGCAACGACAUCCGUUCCACGAAGCAGCAAGUUCCGAUGAAUUGCCGCAGCGAAUGCGCAUCAAAUCCAUUGUGUAUCUUGUUUGUAUGGCGCCAAGGGACGUGCUUCCUCAAGCACAAACGAGGACCUGCAAGAGUCGCCCCUGGGGCCGUCGCAGGUGUCGUGUACCCCCAAUGCUCAGCCAUUGAAGACAACACCGACUAUAAAGGCAACGACAUUGCUACCACGCAACGGGCAUCCCCCCGCGACUGCUGUGCCGACUGCACGGCGAACGGCCAGUGCGUCGUGGUGGUAUGGUUCCAAGGCACGUGUUACCUCAAGAAUCUCAUCGGGGCCAAAUCUACGAAGACAGGUGCUGUAGCAGUCUUUCCCCACCGAUCGAGCAUCCAGCGGCCAACAUUGCAAUUCCUCAACCGCUGCAAGCACGCUAUUCAGCUCUACAAAGUCGACCAGUUGGUCUGCACGCUGCCGCCGAAUGGAGGCAGGUGCAACCAGUCGCUCGCCACAGGGGAGCACCCCAUGUUCCGUCACACGCGAAGUGAAGAAGCGACUCUGGUCGAGAUGACGUUAACGACUGAUCGACUCUGGUUCGACCUCAGCGUAGUGCCACCCAACUGCCGCGACGGAAAAAGCCACGACGAAUGUAUCCGCAACAACGGGGGGCGCAGGGGAUUCAAUGUCCCGGUGUCUGUGGUACCUGUCAAGUACAACAACAACCCCGCCAAAGGCAAGUGCAACGACAUCGUCUGCCACGCUGACGUGUGCCCUCAAGCGUACGUGUAUCCUAGCGACGACACCAAGAUGCGCGACUGCCCUCCCGAUGAAAGCCUGUUUGUCACGUAUUGCCCUUAAGUGGGGGAAUGUGCUCUGGACUGGGUCAGUUAAAUGUCGAGAACUUGGUGACUGUCUUCGUAACACGUUGAUCGCACACGCAGCUCCACAUCGUUCUGCUGCUGUCAUGCGGACUUCCAA